AAUGAAGUAUUAAAAUUGUAUAAAUCUAUGUUACAAUAUUCUAAGACUAUUACAUUAACUGAUGCUCAAUAUUACAAAAGAAGGGUUGCUGCUGAAUUUAAGAAUAAUAAGACCCUAACAAAUUUAGAUGAGAUAACACAUGCCUAUAGGAAAGGAGAAGCUUUAUUGAGAAGAGGUUCAAUUGUAUAAAAUGUUCUCCAGAUUUAGACUAUAUUGUAGAACUUUUCAGUCAACAUUCACGGCUUCCAAGCAUACUAUAGAUUACUCAAAGGUUCCAAAGAUUAAUGAAAACGAUUUAGAAGAGCAUUUUGUGAGGGGAAGUGGCCCUGGUGGUUCAGCUGUUAAUAAAAAUGCCAACUGUGUUGUUCUAUCUCAUAAGCCAACAGGGAUUGUUAUAAAAUGUCACAACAGUAGAUGUCAAGAUGAAAACAGAAAAAAUGCAAGAGAAAUGCUGAUAUCCAAACUCGAUGAUAUUAUGAAUGGUGAAGACAGUGUUGCAGUACAGAAAAGGAGAAUAGAAGAGAAAAGAGUAAAGAGAGCUGAAUAUAAAAAGAAGAAAAAGGCAAUUCUCAAAGAAGAAUGGAAGAAACGUGAAGGAUUAUCAUAGAUCUAUGCAAAUACAGUUAUAUAUAGUUAGAUAAAAUUCAAUAAAUUGUAUUAUUAUGUUGAAUAAUUUUACACAUUA